UUUGUUUGUCGGUUAUCUAUCACGGCGAUUGUCAAAUCCGUUCGGUGCAACUAGGUACAUAUAUGAAGUGAGUAACCACACACUCUCCAGUCAGCGACACUAGGAGAAUAUAGGAAAUGCGACAGGUUCGAGCCUCCGGCAGUAACGAUUCGGGCACCGGCCGGUAAACAUUCAAAGUAGACGCGUGGUGAUUUUGUAAAUCCAGUGGUGUAAUUUCUGAUAAAAAAAACAAGCCACUCCCGAACUAAAUGGCUCCCUAGGACGUUGGGUGAGACCUUCAACGCGCACUUCACACCACAAACGAUUGACAUCCCAGAACAUUCCGCAUAACAGUGACAAUGACGAGAAUUAAACCCCUAGUAGUCCGCUACAAAAACGCAGUGUACGACCUGAGCGAGUUCGCUCACAAACAUCCCGGCGGCCUGAACACGCUCAAGGGCCUCCACGAUCAGGACAUGCAGGAGCGAUUCGAAAAAGCCCCCGGUCACUCCAGUGCCGCCAAAUAUUUGAUGAAAGAGUACAAGAUCUGUGAUAAAAACAACAAUGUUAAUGAUUUGCCUGCCACCGAUUCCAAGCAUGGCCACGCGAACGGGACGAAGAAUGGGCUCAAUGGAACAAAACUUUUGAAUGGAAGCAAUGGCACACUGCCUCAAAGUACCGAUGAUAGCAUGGAGCACCUCGUGGAUUGGGAUAAACCAAUGCUGGUGCAGAUUCCAACCCUAGGUAAACACUACGCCGAUUGGGUUAACAAACCGGUAGACCGGGAACUAAGACUCUUCGGACCAGCAUUGCUGGAAAACCUCACCAAAACACCAUGGUGGCUCGUACCGGCUUUCUGGAUUCCUUCUAUCAUGUACCUAAUACACCUCGGAGUAAAGGACCAAUUAUCAAAGAAUACCGAGGACCUCACCUUAAAGGAUCACAUUUCCCCAACGGUCAUCGCUUGCCUCUGCUUCGGGGUAUUCGUCUGGACCUUACUAGAAUAUACCCUUCAUAGAUGGGUAUUCCAUCUGGAUCCGAAAAACAACUGGAUCCUUCAUACAUUCCAUUUCCUGAUCCAUGGAUUACACCAUAAAGUACCUUUCGAUCCAUACCGACUAGUGUUCCCACCAGUACCGGCCAUAAUGCUGGCAAGUUUAUUUUACCAACCCAUAAGGCUGUUGUUGCCCCAUCCCGUGCUGAUGCUGGCGGGAGGCCUGAUAGGUUAUCUUGGGUACGACAUGAUUCAUUACUACAUUCACUACGGAAGUCCCAGCGGAGGACAUCUCUAUCAUAUGAAACGGUACCACUAUCAACACCACUUCGUACAUCAUGACCUAGGCUUUGGCAUCAGCAGUGCUGUGUGGGAUAAAGUGUUUGGUACAACCAUUCUACUGCGCAAACUGAAGUACCUGCUGAAGUGGUAGAGCAAGAACACACAUUCCGGAAGUACACGAUUUUAGUCAGACGGCACCAAAAAGAACAAAGUAUUUGUAAACCAAUUUUUAAUAGCUUUAAGGUGAUAGUAAAUAUGUAAUAUUUUAAAUGAUCACAUAAAAGAUUAAAUAUGUUCGUA